UGCACGGCCGUCAUGCUGCUCUGUCUCCUCGCCUCGGUCAUCACCUACCUCAUGCACCAGAGCGCCAUCCGGAUCAGCCGCAAGGGGAGGCACACGCUCCUGAACUUCUGCCUGCACGCGGCCCUGACCUUCACGGUGUUCGCGGGCGGCAUCAAUCGUACCAAGUACCCCGUCCUGUGCCAGGCGGUGGGCAUCGUGCUGCAUUACUGCUCGCUCUGCACCAUGUUGUGGAUCGCCGUGACCGCCAGGAACAUCUACAAGCAGGUGACCAAGAAGGCCCCACCGUGCCCAGGGGCAGACCAGCCUCCAUACUCCCAGCAGCCCCUGCUCAGGUUCUACCUCAUCAGUGGAGGGGUUCCUUUCAUCAUCUGUGGGGUCACGGCUGCCACAAACAUCAGGAAUUACGGGACGGAGGACUCAGACUCGGCAUACUGCUGGAUGGCCUGGGAGCCCAGCCUGGGCGCAUUCUACGGGCCAGUGGCCUUCAUUGCCCUGGUCACCUGCGUGUACUUCCUGGGCACCUAUGUCCAGCUGCGGCGUCACCCGGAGCGUAGAUACGAGCUCAGGGAGCGGACGGAGGAGCAGCAUCGGCUGGCAGGGCCGGAGGCUGGCCACAGCCCCAGGGCCCCCCGGGGUAUGCCGUCCACCUGCGCCACCCUGGCCGCCUCGCUGCUGCAGAAUGAGCACUCGCUCAAGGCCCAGCUGCGGGCUGCUGCCUUCACACUCUUCCUGUUCACGGCCACGUGGACCUUCGGGGCCCUGGCUGUGACACAGGGCCACUUCCUAGACAUGGUCUUCAGCUGCCUCUACGGCGCCUUCUGUGUGACGCUGGGGCUCUUCGUGCUCAUCCACCACUGCGCCAAGCGGGACGACGUGUGGCACUGCUGGUGGUCUUGCUGCCCUUCCCGCCGGGACACUCAGGCCUCAAAGCUCAGUGCCCACCCCACGCUUGAUGCCAAUGGGGACGCACUGGGACAUGCCACCUGCCUGCAGGAUUCGCCUUGUGUUGGCAAGCCACGGGGUUUUGGGCACCCAUCGGCCAGCCACUGCAAGAUGACCAACCUGCAGGCCACCCAGAGCCAUGUCAGCUGCCUGUCGCCAGCCACACCCUGCUGUGCCAAAAUGCACUGUGAGCAGCUGAUGGAGGACAUGGCCCAUGUCCACCUGCACGAGGAAGACGAAUUUGGGCACGACCCACACCUGCACAGGUGCCUCCAGGGCAGAACUAAGCCUCACUACUUCAGCCGGCACCGGGCAGCCGCAGCCGAGCAGGAGUAUGCCUAUCACAUCCCAUCCAGCCUGGACGGCAGCCCCCGCAGCUCACGCACAGGCAGCCCCCCCAGCUCGCUCGAAGGCCCGGCAGGGAUGCACACGCUGGCCUGCUGCGCCCAGGGCGACCCCUUCCCCUUGGUCAGUCAGCCCGAGAGCGGCAACAUCAGUCCCACGCUCUAUAGCUGCGCCCCACGGGCCAGCAGGGAGGUAGGCCGCGGCCCAGCCCACUUUGAGAUGCUCCGGAGGACACAGUCCCUGUCCUUUGGUGGCCCGGAGAAUGGGCUGCUCAAGGGCGACAUGUGCGAAGCCGUGCCUUAUGGUGCUGACAUCACAGGCAACAUCCGAACCGGGCCCUGGAAGAAUGAGACGACUGUGUAG